AUGCCUCCUGUUUCUUCCAAAAAGCGCAAGGUCCUUGAUGGCCUCAAGGGCAACACUGGCCGCAAGAAGAAGUUCGUCAAGCAGAAAUUCUACCACAGCAGCUCCGAGGAUGAAGAAGAUGAGAACUUCAACCCCGUCAACCUUGAAGACUCCGACGCCGAAGAAGGAGGUGUCAAAGUGGCCAAGCCCUCGGCUCUCGAUCUCCGCAUGAAGAAGGCAAAGACACAAAAAGAAGCACAAAAAGAAGCACCCGCACCGGAAUCGAAAAAAUCAGAUGCUAGCGACUCAGACUCCAAUGUCGCCGAGGACAUUGAGCUAGACGAUGCCGACUCCAAUCUUGGCGAGGAGAUCGAGCUGGACGAUGCAGACCUCGAGAAUGACGACGAUGAAAGCGAAGCCUCUGGAUCUGACGGAUCCGACGAAGAUGAUCUUUCCGACUCAUCAACAGCCGGCAAACCCACAGGUGCCAAUCGUGGCCGAGCCGUCCCCAAGCGCAACGACCCUACCGCAUUCUCAACCUCCAUCUCCAAAAUUCUGUCCACAAAACUUCCCACCUCCGCACGGGCUGAUCCCGUUCUCUCGCGAAGCUCGUAUGCCGCGAAGCUGGUGAACGAGGCUGCAGAUGAGAAGCUUGACAACGCCGCACGGGCUAAGAUGCGUGCUGAGAAGAAGGAAGAAAUGGAUCGCGGCCGUAUCCGUGAUGUGAUGGGUAUCAAGCGAGGAAUUGCCGGCCCUGUCGCUGAGGAGGAGAAGCGUGUGCGCAAGAUGGCGCAGCGUGGUGUCGUGAAGCUGUUCAAUGCCGUUCGCGCGGCCCAAGUCCGAGGAGAGGAGGCCGCUAAGGAUGAGCGCAAGAAGGGCACAAUUGGUAUGGGAGAGCGGGAGAAGGCUGCCAACGAGGUCAGCAAGCAAGGAUUCCUUGAAUUGAUCAAUGGAAAGAAGGGAAAGCCUUUGAACAUCGAGGAGGCAUGA